UGCGGGGCCGCUCCCGGCCGCGGCGCCUGCGCCCUCAUUGGGCGAGAGGCGCAGCCAGCGGCACUUCAAAGCGGGUGCGCCUCGCACUUAGGCUGAGUUUGGCCGGCGGGAGCCCGGAGUCCGCUCGGCGCGAGCGAGCGCAGGGACGCGGGACCCGAGCAGUUCCUCCCGCCCCCGCAGCGGCCGCCAGGCUCAGCCCCGCGCCCGGCCCCGCCGCCGCGCAGCCCAGGGACCUGCUAUGGCCACGUCCAUCCUCGGGGAAGAGCCGCGCUUCGGAACGACCCCGUUGGCCAUGCUGGCGGCGACCUGCAACAAGAUCGGCAACACGAGCCCGCUGACGACGCUGCCGGAGUCGAGCGCCUUCGCCAAGGGCGGCUUCCACCCCUGGAAGCGCUCCUCGUCCAGCUGCAACCUGGGCUCCAGCCUCUCGGGCUUCGCGGUGGCCGCGGGCGGCCGCGGCUCGGGCGGCCUGGCGGGCGGCUCGGGGGCCGCCAACAGCGCCUUCUGCCUGGCCUCCACGUCCCCCACGUCGUCCGCCUUCAGCAGCGACUACGGCGGCCUCUUCUCCAACUCGGCGGCGGCCGCGGCGGCGGCGGCGGCGGCGGCCGGGGUGUCCCCGCAGGAGGCGGGAGGCCAGUCGGCCUUCCUCUCCAAGGUGCACCCCGCGGCGGCGGCGGCCGACGGCCUGUACCCGCGCGUGGGCAUGGCGCACCCGUACGAGUCGUGGUACAAGUCGGGCUUCCACUCGAGCCUGGCGGCGGGCGAGGUGACCAACGGCGCGGCGGCGGCGGCGUCGUCGUGGUGGGACGUGCACGGCAGCCCGGGCUCGUGGCUGGAGGUGCAGAGCCCCGCCGCCGCCGGGGGGCUGCAGGGCUCGCUGCACUCGGGCGCCCCCCAGGCCUCGCUGCACUCGCAGCUCGGCACCUACAACCCCGACUUCAGCUCGCUCACGCACUCGGCCUUCAGCUCCACCGGCCUGGGCUCCUCGGCCGCCGCCGCCUCGCACUUGCUCUCCACCAGCCAGCACCUGCUGGCCCAGGACGGCUUCAAGCCGGUGCUGCCCUCCUACUCGGACUCCAGCGCCGCGGUGGCCGCCGCCGCCGCCAGCGCCAUGAUCUCGGGGGCCGCGGCCGCCGCCGCCGCCGGGGGGAGCUCGGCGCGCUCCGCCCGCCGCUACUCGGGCCGCGCCACCUGCGACUGCCCCAACUGCCAGGAGGCCGAGCGCCUGGGCCCCGCCGGCGCCAGCCUGCGGCGCAAGGGCCUGCACAGCUGCCACAUCCCCGGCUGCGGCAAGGUGUACGGCAAGACGUCGCACCUGAAGGCGCACCUGCGCUGGCACACGGGCGAGCGGCCCUUCGUGUGCAACUGGCUCUUCUGCGGCAAGCGCUUCACGCGCUCGGACGAGCUGCAGCGGCACCUGCGGACCCACACGGGCGAGAAGCGCUUCGCCUGCCCGGUCUGCAACAAGCGCUUCAUGCGCAGCGACCACCUGAGCAAACACAUUAAGACGCACAGCGGGGGCGGCGGGGGCAAAAAGGGCAGCGACAGUGACACAGACGCCAGCAACCUGGAGACGCCGCGCUCCGAGUCCCCCGACCUCCUCCUGCACGAUCCCGGGGUCAGCGCCGCCCGGGCGGCGGCGGCGGCGGCGGCGGCGGCGGCAGCAGCAGCAGCAGCAGCGGCGGCCUCGGCGGGAGGCAAGGAAGCCGCGUCCGGCCCCGGCGACUCCUAGAGAUCGAUCAGGAGAAAGGCGCUUGCGAGCAGCGGGCAGAGACGUCGAGAGCAAAGGAGAGGUUCCGAGGGCGAGCGAGCGAGCGGGGGACGGACGGGCUGGGGCUCCGGGGGCGCCCCCGGGCCGGCGCGAGGUGGAGCGGAAGCCGGCUCCCCGGGCGCUCUUCGCCGGCCGCGCCGGGAGCUCCCCUUUGCUGUCGGAGCUCACACGGGAAUCGAACGCGUGGUCCAGGAACAAAAGCAAACCAUCCUCUGACACAACAACACUACUUACAAACGGCACACACAGACACACACACACACACACACACACACACACACACACCGAGAGACUCGCAACCCAAAGCACACACACCCGCACACAGGCACACGUACACACCACACGCGCAAACUUCUUGAGGGAAGAGCAAUACACAGAAACGCUCCCUCCUCCACCCCCUCCGUUCCCCUUCUCUUUCCUUUUCUCCAAAAACAAGCCACCACCCUGCAAAGGAACUGUCAGAACACUUUCAAAGAAACCGGACCUAUA